UUUUUGAAGAAAAACUGAAGACUACAAAGGCAGCAGCGGUGGUAAAUGUCAGAAGACAUUCACUGCUGCAGCUCCAGCUCUCCCCAGCGGCGCUGUACACUCCCGAGCCCUGGUUGCCGGGUAACUACAGGAGGAGGCUCCGGUUUUCUUCACGUCAGGCACACACGACGGGGGCUCUCCGGGAUCGCGUGGCCGCGCUUCGGGAGAUGGUAGCUGCGCUGACACCAGGACACCUUGCAGGGUGAGGCAUCAUGGGGAACCAGGUGGUCAGGGAUAACUUUGAGUGGGUUUAUACAGACCAACCACACACAGACCGGAGGAAAGAGAUUUUAGCUAAAUAUCCCCAGAUCAAGAACUUGAUGGGACCUGACCCACAGCUUAAGUGGACUGUCUCCUGCAUGGUCCUUGUGCAGAUUGUCUGCUGCUACCUUGUCUGUGAUCUCCCCUGGAAGUGGCUGUUUUUCUUUUCCUACGCAUUUGGUGGUGUGAUCAACCAUUCACUGACUCUUGCCAUCCAUGACAUCUCCCACAAUGUUGCUUUUGGUAACAAGUCCGCACGGUGGAAUCGCUUCUUUGGCAUAUUUGCUAACCUCCCCAUUGGUGUGCCCUACUCAACGUCCUUCAAGAAAUACCACAUAGACCAUCACCGAUAUCUCGGGGGAGAUAUCCUGGAUGUGGACAUCCCCACAGACUUUGAGGGGCGCUUUUUCUGCACCCCUAUGCGUAAGGUUGUUUGGAUCUUUCUACAGCCUCUGCUCUAUGUCUUACGUCCACUCUACCUUAAUCCCAAACCCAUAACCCAAAUGGAGAUAAUCAAUACAGCUAUUCAGUUUUCCUUUGACUUUGUGAUCUACAGCUUGUGGGGAUUGAAGCCUGUUGUGUACUUAAUGGCUGGGUCCAUUCUGUCAAUGGGUCUGCAUCCAAUAUCGGGACAUUUUAUAGCAGAGCAUUACAUGUUUUUAAAGGGUUAUGAAACCUACUCUUACUAUGGACCACUCAACCUGCUAACCUUCAAUGUUGGCUACCACAUGGAGCAUCAUGACUUUCCAAGUAUCCCAGGGAGCAAGCUUCCAGAGGUACGUAAAAUUGCUGCUGAGUAUUACGACACCCUACCUUACCAUACAUCAUGGGGGCGUGUGCUUUGGGACUUUAUAUUCUGCAAGGAAUUGGGACCUUUCUCCCGCGUCAAGAGAGAAUGUGAACUGGCUAAGAAGGACUGAAAGACCAUGGACAACUAAAUAUUAAUUUAUUUCUCUGUUAAUGCAAAUUUUCUGUAUCUGUUUAUGUCAAUGGAUGCAAAAUGUUCUAAUGAAAAGAGUCCUCCCCGACCACAGUGGGCACUAUGUGCUGAUCUGAGCCUCCGCUAUCCCACCGCUGACACCCUCCCGUGACCUGACAUAUGAUUUCAUUCAUACUACUGUUUGUUUUCCCUGUUCUGUUGUGGAGGCCAUGAAGGAAGUGAUUACCUCGAAGAGUAAGGAUUUAUAUAGAUUGCUCAAAUGCACCUUUACUAAGGAUUCCCACAUAAAUUAAGUAUCCUCUCUGUCUGUAUUAAGAGACCACAGUAAAUUUCACAGCUAUCUGCUGCACUCCCCUUAGGUUUCUAUAGAGCCAUUCAAGAGGUAUUAAACCUAGAAGACCUUAGCUUUUCCCAGCUUGCCCGUUAGCUGACACCACAUUUACCUGCAGUUACCCGUUAUUACUUAUAGGCUACAUUUUACUGUUUUGGGGGGUGUUUUUGGAUCCUCCUUUGGUGACUUACAUUUACUGUACACAGUUGCAGCCCAAUUAUUGGGGGUCAUUCCGAAUUGAUUGCUCGCUAGCAGUUUUUAGCAGCCGUGCAAACGCAUAGUCUCUGCCCACCGGGGAGUGUAUUUUCACUUUGCAGAAGUGUGAACGCCUGUGCAGCAGAGCGGCUGCAAAAAAUUUUGUGCAAAACAAGACCAGCCCUGUACUUACUCUUCAUGUGCGUUGAUUCUAAUGUUGGAGGGUUGGCUUUUGACGUCACACACCCACCCAGCAUUCGUCCAGCCACGCCCGCGUUUUUCCCAGCACGCCUGCAUUUUUCCAAACACUCCCUGAAAACGGUCAGUUGCCACCAAGAAACACCCCCUUCCUGUAAAUGCCGUGCGACAUAAAGCUUCGCUAAAACCUGUGCAAAACCACAAAGGUCUUUGUACCCGUACGUCGCACAUGCGCAUUGCGGUGCAUACGCAUGCGCAGAAAUGCUGAUUUUUAGCCUGAACGCUGCGCUGCGAACAACGGCAGCUAGAGAUCAACUCGUAAUGACCCCCUUUGUGCAGAAAAAUAUGAGCCUGGUAACUGACACUUAACUUGUUCCUCUUCUCAGGCAGUGUCUUACUGGAGCCCGUAUCCCUGCAAGAGAUUAAUGCAUACCCCGAUAUAUCAUUUCUUAUUGCAGCGAUAAGAAAUAAUGCUUAUCGUGGGAAACAAAUGCAGCCCAUAAUACGGCGUUCCGUUACUGAUAUCACUUAUAAAGCACCCACUUUAUUAGUAGUCACUGAGGCUCCUUCUGGCUGCAGUCUUCUGAUUAUCGGGACGGUACCCAAGCUUCCUACCUCCACUGUUUGUAGCCAGUAGCUGCAUUUUAUAGUUAUGUAUUCAUUUCCUAAGUUGUAUUAAAGUAAAUGCACUUCGUAAUGAUGCUGAAGCACACUGAAUGAAGUGUAGUGUUUGUUUCACAACAACAAAACUGUUUUUGAUAUUUACUAUCCUGGUAUUUUGUGUAUGACAUUGGAAAAAAUUUAAUAUUAAAAUUUAUUAAUAAUAUCAAGAAAA